UCUGGGUCAGAUGUUAAAUUCUCGAAAGGGAAUUCAGUAAUUUAGAAAUAAAUGUUUUUUUCUUUAUUAGUUAUUUUGAAAAGUAUACUUAGCCAUGAAGUGCAUAAAGGAUGGUGGAGAAUACUAGGAUUUAUCAGCACUGUGAUUCAAGUAAGGUUAUUUAUACAAGUGAGGAUUAAAAAAAAAAAAAAAAAAACGACUAUUGGGUCUUUAAUAUUUAUGAUCUUACACGACAGGUGGGCGUGUGGCCUGCGCAGUGAUGGGCUGAGUCUGCGCAAACGCCGCGCUUCAAUGAUGCCCACAAACGCCUCGUAGGAUUUAGGAUUUGAUCCCGAGGCUGUAGUUUACAUUUUCAUUGUAGGUAACGGAUUGAGCAAAAAGCAUGAAAGUUUACUGCUUUCUGUUUACAGAGACAGACAUAUAAGCUUUCAGAUCCUAUAUUUGCAAUCUGUAGGCAUCAACAAAUCACCGAUGCUUGGCUAAAAAGAAGAAGAAGCUCGACAUAAGCCUAGCUAGCUCUCCAGCUGUAAAAGUUUAUUGGUGAAAUUAAUGGACGCCUCCAUGGACAUGUGGGCCAUCUGGCUUUCUGUCGUCUUCACGAUCAUCGCUGGUUUUCUCACAGCUGUGUUAUUUGGAAAAAAUAAAUCGGUUUCGGUAAAGACAGACGCAAGCCCAGGAGAGGCGUUUCCACCCUGCAAAGAGCAAGAGGAGAGCACCGACAGCUCCAAGGACAUGUUACCCAUGUCUCAGGAAGCACUCACAGGACUCAGUGAACCCCAGACUGAAUCUGAAUGUACAGCGCAGACGACGGAAGACCUGCCAGACGAGCCACGUGCAUCAAACCAGCAAGAGCUUGUCGGGGAUCAGUGUGAGGAAGCCGAGUCAGAGAAUGACGAGUCUUCACACUCUGCCUCAGCAGUGAACAGGAUGUGUGAGGAUGAUGAUAAGGAUCAGGCCCUAAGGUAUAUGCCUGGUGUGUUACGGACGAGCCAGCUUGAGAAGAUGAUGAGUAAAGAAGAGCUGGAGGAAGAACAGAGAGUUCAGCAGGAGCAGCUCGCUGCAAUCUUCAAGCUGCUUAAAGAAAACCAGGACACAUUUGGGGAGGUGACGGAGAAAGACAUGGAGGAACAGCUUAAGCUUUACUCGAUCUGAAAUCACUGCACCAAGCACUGGUCUGCCGUCCUGGAAAUGGAAAAUUAACACUAAACCUCACUGUUGCUGCUGUUCAGAUGUGGGGGGAAAAAAAAUUAGUUCGAAAGUCCAGAACGGCUUGAAAAUAAUUCUGUCACGAUGUGAGGAAAAACUGAGUAAUUAAUAAAGUUCAGUGUGUCUUAUCCUUAAACUGCACACAAUUCACAACCUGUUAGUAACAUUGUGUAGUAAAGAUUAGGUGUAGAUGUAGUAAUUAUCUAUGUAGUAAUGUAGUAAUAUAUCUAUGUGUGUGUAUACAAUAGGUACAUAUACAUUCACCAUCCACUUUAUUAGGAACACAUGUACACCUGCACAUUUACGCAGUUAUCCAAUCAGCCAAUCAUGUGGCAGCAGCACAACGCAAAAAAAUCAUGCAGGUACAGGUCAAGAGCUUCAGGUAAUGUUCAUAUCAAACAGCAGAAUGGGGGAAAGUGUGAUCUCUGCGACUUUGAUCGUGGCAUGGAUGUUGGUACCAGAUGGGCUGGUUUGAGUAUUUCAGAAACUGCUGAUCUCCUGGGAAUUUCACACACAACAGUCUCUAGAAUUUACACAGAAUUGUGUGAAAAACAGUAAAACAUUGAGUGAGUGACAAUUUCCACUGUGGGUGUUAAUGAGAGAGGUUAUGGGAGAAUGGCCAGAUUGGUUCAAGCUGCCAGGAAGGCUAACUCAAAUAAUCACUCUUUACAACCGUGGUGAGCAGAAAAGCAUCUCAGCAUGCACAAAACAUUGAACCUUAAGGUGGAUGGGCUACAAGAGCAGAAGACCAUACUGGGUUCCACUUCUGUCAAGGAAGAACAGGAGUCUGAGGCUAUCAUGGGCACAGAUUCACUCAAACUGGACAGUUAAAGAUUAGAAAAAAUCACCUGGGAUUUUUCGAGUCUUCAGCUGAAAAAAAUGGCUGUGAUUCCUAAAUGGUUAAGGCAAUGUUUUUGUUAAACCCCUUUAAUAAAAGCUGAAAGUUUACACUUC